CUUUGACUUCCUGCUUCACUUCAACAAUUUCUUCGGUUUUUUCAGUCAUUUUCAAUAAGUAAUGUAGGAUUUUCGACCCCUUCUAAACAUAACCUUUUGUGUCAAUCCGAGCUCCGAAGAUGAAACGGUCGUGCAGCUAGCCACAGCCACUACCAACCUAACUAAAUUAAAAAGUUGAAAUCGCACAAGUCAGUGUGGCCAAAAGCAUAUUAAACGAGUGAAAUCUCACAAAUCAGUGUUGCCAACAAAAUUAAAAGUAUCGAUUGUAUCGUCGAUGGUAUCGACAGAGGUAUCGUAAAACACCUGUAGCUUUGUAUGUCGAUGAGUGAAGAAUUGUUUAAUCAACCUAAACAUAUUUUGCUUGAUUUUCCGUUAACAGUGUGUAUCAUUAUGUGACCAGAGCGAAAUGAUCACCAUGUCACCAGAGUACGCUGAAAUGGUGGCAGCUGUUGCAUUUGGAGUGCUGUCGGCGAUAUUCAUCAGUGCCUUCGUUAUUCUCAUUGUCAUAUGCAAAAGACAAAAGUAUUAUGUAAAGCGAUCGAUUUUUGACUCUCACCAUGAAGCUACAAGGCCAGAUAAGCAGCUCAUUGAACCCGAUGGUCCUGAAAAACCAGAAAUGGAACUGGGUGCUGUUAGAGUGAAUUUCGAAGAAAUUCUGACUGAUGAGCAAUGGAUCGAUGAUGCUACAGGAUUGAUCCCCCAUUGUUUAGCUAUUCUGAAGACAUGCAGAUAUCUCACCGAACGAUUAACUACACUAGCGAUGAACUCUACUCCGCUAUCUGGGAAUUUCAGUCAAAUAGUCGAGGUAAAAUGUAGUGCCAAAAGAAUCUCAAGCAAAGUAGACGACAUGGUAAGAAGUAUGUAUCCACCGUUAGACCCGCGACUCUUGGAAGCUAGGGCGGCAGCUUUGACUUUGGCAGUGACACAUCUGGCACUUUUAGCAAAAUACGAGUGUGGCCAAAGGGACAAGAGCGGUCUGGUGUGGAUAGACAGCUGUCUGGAAGAAAUGGAUGGACAUUUACUGUUUCUGAGAGAAGCAUCAGUGUCCCAAGAAGCGAUAGGAAAACUGAACGCCUUGAAUUUAAGCAAAACUACGCUGCUGUGAAGAAAUAAAACAUCUACAAAAGAUUGAGAAAAAUUAUUAUUGUGUAUAUAAUUUCAGCUCACUUACACAUUUCAGGAUGACGAGAAUAAAAUAUUUUCUAUACGUUUCUUCAUACUUAUGUUUUAUCACAAAUAUCAAC